AUGAAAAAAGAAUUAUACACACAGGUUUUUAAUAAUAUUGUUAUUUCUAAACGAAUAUUUGGUUUUGUUCAAAGAAAAACAGAUGAUGGAUAUAGAAGCCUAGAUUCAUUUCCAUUAUAUAUUGUUUUUUUAAAUGAAAAACUAUUCACUUUAAAAUAUCAAAGUUAUAAAUAUUAUAAAAAUAAAAUUGGUAAUAGAAAAGAAGCAUUAAAAAAAUUUAAACAAAUUAAAGAAAAAAAUGAAUUUAUUGGUUUUUUCGAAUCAAAGACUAUCCCAUCAGAAAUUUUUAUUGAAUUAUAUCAAGAUUUUAAAGAUAUAAAAGAAUUUAACAAGUUAUUAAAAGAUCCUUCAGUUCAAAACAAAAUACUAUUUUAUUCAAUUAAAAGUUUGGAUAGAAAGAGAAUUGAAUUUCUCAUUAAAGAUGAACAUAGGUUUGACUAUAACAUAAAAUCAUAUUAUAUAACAGAGAUAACUAAUAUUAUGGGUUCCAAAAUAGAGUAUAUAAAAUAUAUUGUAGAUUCUAUAAAAAAGUAUUCAAAAAACUAUGGUAUUAUAAAAUCUUUUAAAAAAGAAAAAGAUAAAGUUCCUUUAUUUACAAAUGAAAUUUGGAAUGUAGAGAGUUUUGAAGUGUUGAAAUAUCUUUUAAAAGAAAAAGAAAGUUUUUUCUCAGAUCUAACGAUUAGCGGUGAAUAUAUGGUGAAAGAUGCUUGCAAGAAACAAAAUUUGGAAAUGCUGGUAUUUUCAAUUAAACAGUUUAAUGUAAAGCCAAAUUUUAAUAACUACAAUAUGGAGUAUUGGAGAGACACUUCUUUUGAAAUAUUUAAAUAUCUAUUUGAAACCUACACCGACCUGCGAUUCAACGACAUUUCAUUCCAUAGCGCAUACAAUGGUGAUUUGGAGUAUGCCAAGUACAUUGUCGAGGGCUACAUAAACAAAGAUCCAAGAAUUCUGAUCACUUACAGAUCGCUUGAUAGAGUAGCUGAAAAGGGAAGCUUCGAUUUAGCAGAGUAUUUUCUAAGUAAAGUUGGCCAUUUGGAAGUUUCUAGGGAUGCUCUAAAUAACUCUAUUAAAUCUGGUGAUUUGAAAUUAGUAAAUUUAUUUAAAAAUGUUCCUGUUACAAAAAAAGGUGAAAAUUUUACAAUCUAUGAUUCCACCUACCAAUAUAUUAAAAAGAAUAAUAGAUUAGAUAUUUUAAAUACAUUGCAAAAUGAUUGUAUUUAUAGUUCUUAUUUUGAAAACUUUAUAAUAAAUUAA